CCGAGGGCGCGCGUGUGUAUUGGCUGCGUUAGGGCCGCCGGGGCGCAUCUCGCGGAUGUCAAGAUGAGGACUUGGACGGCGCACCCACGACACCUUCUAUUGUGAGUGUGCUGUCACUCACAGUCACACCUUUGGACCAACCGCGAUCAAUACAUAUAAAGACGAGCUCAAGAUCAUGAUUUACCACAAAAAGUCCCGAGGAGCCGCGGGCAGGACUCGGCCAGCAGUGCCCGGCACUACGGACAGGAUGGCUCUCAAGUUCCAUCGCAGAAAGAGGACCAAAUUCACGGAGCAGCAGAUCCAGCUGCUGGAGGAGGUGUUCUCCAACACGCGCUAUCCAGAUGUGUACCUCCGCGAACGGCUGGAGGCGUGCACGGGUCUGCCGGAGCCCAGGAUCCAGGUUUGGUUCCAGAACAGACGCGCCAAGUGUCGGCGCCAGACGAGGACUCGGGCGGCGGUGAGGCCCCACAGCGCAGCCGGCGGCCCCGGUGGGCCCAGCGCCCGCCUCGCGCCGCCUCGAACCGGGAGCCGCGCUGAAAAGCGGAACAUGGGCGGAUUGGCUCUGGGGAGCGACCGCAGACCCCAAGCCCACCCCCAAAACGCCACGAAGGACAUCGUUGGCUCGGGGCCACAAUCGCACAAUUUCGGGCGCUACGGUGUUGGACGCGGCCUGGGCACGGCGACGGGGGACCUCGGUCCGGAGUGUCCGCAGCUCCAUUCCAGCGGCUCCAUGAUGGAGCGAAGUGGGGGCGAACCGCACCACCGCAGGGAUGAAGGCUACUGUGCAAAGUCGCAGCAGGGCAACGUGGAGGAAGAGCUAGUAGAAAACGUCUUGCUCGGCUUCGACAACUUUCCUCCGAACAAGACGAUCGGACCCGAAAUGAAGGUUCUAAUUCCUGCGAUGCCUUCGCCGGCCGCCUUCAGCCGGUCUUCGCCCGCGCACAUGAGCCCCGGUGAGCCGCUGAAGACACGCGGCAUCUUCGCGCGCUUCCCUCCCGUCGCCGAGAGCGCGCGGUCCGGGCUCGAGACGGAGGCGGAGGCGGAGGCGCCGUGGCGCGGCUCCGACUGGCGGCCCGCAGUCACGUCUGCAUUUGGCCGCUUCAUUUAACCAACCUCGUCGAGAGAUAUAUAAUUAUAGAGUAUGUAAAUGCUUAUUAAAAUAUUCCUUCUUUAAUGUUCUGCAGACAUUAUAUUCAUUAUUCGCAUAAAUUUGGUUUUCACAGUGUGCAAACUUUUGAUAAAAGUAGUAUUGCUAAUAAAAACAACCGUUUAAACAUCAAAAUGAAGCUUUGAGAGAAACAGGUCACUUUUUUAGACGUGUACAUGUUUUUACUAGGAGCGAUGUACUUUGCGGUGUCGAUGUAACACUUGUCAAGUAGUAAAUAUUUACAGCAAAGUUUUUUGAAAACCGUUUUAAUCAUAGAGUAGAAAUGCAGGACAAUCAAUGUAUGAUGGAAGCUUCAAACUCGGAUCGUUUGCAGUUUUUACGUGUUUAAAACUACUAACUGUGGUUCAGCUUCUUGUUCAGUUUCACCCUGAAAUUAAAAUAAAUGACAGACAACUAUAUUGUGUUUUAUCUCCACGGUACGUUUUGUUAACAGAUUUGUCUUUUCAGAUAAUACUACU